CCUCAAAUAAUAAUAAAAAUAAUAAUAAUAAUAACAAAAAAUUAAAAAUUAAAAUAAGCCCGUCAAAUUUAGACAUUGCAAACAUCUUCUCCUAGACUGUCACCUUCCUGUGAACUUUACCUGUGAUAUUCUUAGUAAUAAAAAUAUUAAAAAAAAAAAAAAGAAAAAAAAGCUGGCCAAAACCCCCUAAAACUAAGAUGGCAAUGACAGUAACCUCUGAUUGUCCUCACUGCUACACUCCCACCAGCACCCUAAGAGUUUACAGAUGCCAUGGCAACGUCAGGAAAUUACCCUAUAUGGUCUAAAAUGGGGAAGCAUGAAUAAUCCACUUUCUGUUUAGGAUAUAAUCAAGAAAUAACCAUAAAAAUGGGCAACCAGCAGCCCUUGGGGCUGCUCUGCCUAUGGAAUAGCCAUUCUUUAUUCCUUUACUUUCUUAAUAAACUUGCUUUAACUUUACUCUGUGGAUUCCACUGAAAUUCUCUCUUGCACGAGAUCCAAGAACCAUCUCUUGGGGUCUGGAUUGGGACCCCUUUCCAGUAACAGUAGGUUCUUAAUAUCUGUUUGUGGAAUGCCUAGAACCUAAACUCUUUAAGUCCUGGUCUGAGAAAUGCAGUAGAGUGGAAUGAGGAGAACCUGGAAUCAGACUCAAGUUUAAAAAUCAGGUUUUUCACUAACAAGCUACGUAGCCUUAGACAAAUUACUCUAUCUCUCAGAACGUCUGUUUUCGUAUGGGCAUAAAAUACUUAUUUUGCUAUAAUGCUGUGUCAGUGAAAUGAGCACUUGCUGCAGUGCGACUCAGAGGGUACCCAAAAAUGUUCAACAUUAUUAGUUACUAUUUCCAAUGGCAGGCAAAUUAUAAUCAUGGGUAUGCCACACAUAAGUACAUGUAAGUACAUAUACUGGAGAGAAUUUAAAUGGAGUUUUAAGCAUUUCACAAUACCUCUCAAAAACAAGUAUAUAAAAAAAUUAAUGCAAAGCAAAAAAAUAUUCAGACCUGACAAAUGGUCUUGAAAGACUAGAAACACACACUGUAGUUUUAGAUUUCAUUAUACUAUCAUUUAAGUGAGGGGUUAUAAAUGUGAUGGAAAAUAAAAUAAACACAACAUAGAGGAGGAAAAACAAAGAUCAUUAUAGGGAAUUUUCAGAGACAAUAAAAUGAGCCAGGUAUAGAAUAUAAGUUCUUUAAAUUUGGGUCUAGACUACUGGUAAUUUAUUCCCAAAGCAAACCACCUUUGGUCUGUUUCUACCUGGGCUCUUGAAUUCUACUUUCCCAUACAUGACUGAAUUUCCAAAUAGCAACCACUAAUCCAUUACAAAUGUAAAUCACAUCAUUACACUUGCAUAUUCCCCACUCCCCACAAAGGCUUCCCACUGUACUCGAAAUCAAGCGCUAGCUUUAAGUGCAACAGUCCCAACUGGCAACAACCAAAACGUCCACCGACAUGGCCAGUGGCUACCAUAUUAGAUCACUAUGUGGCUGACUCUCACAUAGGUCUCAGCAAUAAUCUUCUGAGGCUUCUCCUCAGAGGCCUUCUAAACCCAAUCUAAAGUAGCGCUCUCCCCCAGCACAUUGUUCUUUAUUUUUUUUGGAGCACAUAUCACAUUAUCUCGAACUAUUUUAUUUGUUCUAUUAUUUGUAUUCUAUUAUAAUGCAAGCACCAGGAAAACUGGUGUCUUUUGUUCAAUACUGUUAUCACCAGUGGCUAAAACGGUGCCUGGCACAAAGUAGACAUUCAAUAAUUAUAUAGUGAAUACAUAAACACGCAACUUUCCAAAUCUUUAAUUACAUGUUGUAUAGCAGUAAACCUUGGGUGGACAAAAUACUAUAAUCUCAAAAUGACUUACCACUGGCAUGCAGAAAGUUAACUUACCAGGCUACUUCCUCCAAAAGGCUUUCAUUGACAACCCCAGCCUGAGCUGUCUCUCAUACAAUUGUUUAGCAUCCAGUACUUCCUCUCAUGGUAACUCUUAUUAUAUUGUAACUAAGUUACUUGGUUGUAUCUCCCACUGAACUGUCUCUUGACUGAAAGAAAUAUGUCAACUGUUUGAGUACUUUUUUCACACAUAAGUCACUACUUCAUUUUCCUAAACCAAAGCAUGGAAGAGCUGGGAAGUAAUUAAGGCCCAGUAAUCUAGAGGUCAUACUAUGCAAGGGAUAUGGUGUGUCUAUUAGCAACAGGUUCCAUUGGCUUAUGAGGCACUGCCUGAAGCUUCCAGGGAAAUAUAUAGGGGAAACAGUCCAGAGGAUUCAGGAUGGUCUGGUAUGACUCUGAACUAGCUCUAUCUGGACGGCCCAGUCCCUACACUGACCCCAGAAUGACACCAUAAUGCAGCCCUCUCUGACAUAUUUGUAACUCUGCUUGCCACAUAAUCAGUAUCCUCAUCUCCUAGCGCAUGGUAAUAACAUUGUCUUUAAUAUAAAGAUGUACCUAUUUGCAGUCACUACCUCUAUCACCACCAUCAGCAGAGCCUGAGCUAAGGAAACCACGGUUCUCAAUACCCAGCACACCCACUUCCAAUUAUCUGUUAAAACAUGGUGGAUUACUAUGAAGUUCUAGGAGUGCAAAGAUAUGCUUCACCUGAGGACAUUAAAAAAGCUUAUCAUAAAGUGGCACUUAAAUGGCACCCUGAUAAAAAUCCAGAAAAUAAAGAAGAAGCAGAGAGAAAAUUCAAAGAAGUAGCUGAGGCAUACGAGGUAUUAUCAAAUGAUGAAAAACGGGACAUUUACGAUAAAUGUGGCAAAGAAGGAUUAAAUGGAGGUGGAAGUCAUUUGGAUGAUGAAUGUCAGUAUGGCUUCACAUUCCAUAAGCCAGAUGAUGUUUUUAAAGAAAUUUUUCAUGAAAGGGAUCCAUUUUCUUUUCACCUCUUUGAAGACUCGCUUGAGGACCUGUUAAAUCAUCCAAAAAGCUCCUAUGGAAACAGAAACAGAGACGCAGGAUCCUUUUUCUCUACCUCCAGUGAAUGUCCAAUUUUUGAGAAAUUUUCUUCAUAUGAUACAGGAUAUACAUCACAGGGUUCACUGGGGCAUGAAGGCCUUACUUCGUUCUCUUCCCUGGCUUUUGAUGAUAGUGGAAUGGACAACUACAUAUCUAUUACAACUUCAGACAAAAUUGUUAAUGGCAGAAAUAUUAAUACAAAGAAAAUUAUUGAAAGUGAUCAAGAAAGAGAAGCUGAAGAUAAUGGAGAGUUGACAUUUUUUCUUGUAAAUAGUGUGGCCGAUGAAGAGGGCUUUGCAGAAGAAUGCAGCUGGAGAAGACAGUCAUUGAACAACUAUUCACCAAAGUCUCACAGCUCCAAACAUGUAUCUCAACGUACUUUUGUGGACAAUGAUGAGGGAGGUAUAUCUUGGGUUACCAGCAACCGGGAUCCCCCUACUUUCUCAGCAGGAGUCAAAGAGGGUGGUAAGAAGAAAAAAAAGAAGCGUAAAGAGGUGCGAAAGAAGUCUACCAAAAGGAAUUGUUAAAUUGACUCUUCAAACAUAACAUUUGAACACAAUUGUGUGUGUUUUGGUUAAUCACAAAUUUUGUAGAUAACACUUGUUUAAUACCAUACUAAGAGCUUUUCAACACUCUUAACAGGAUUGUGGACAUUUGGUUAGUAGUUGUUUGGAUUGGGUAUGUCAGAAAAGGAUGAGUUUGUUGUGACAGUUGGUGCUAUUAAGAAUUUGCCUGGGUAAUAUAGUGAGAUCUUGUCUCUACAAAAAAUUUACAAAUUAGCCAAGUGUGGUGGCACGCACCUUGUAGUCCCAGCUACUUGGGAAGCUGGUAGGACUGCUUGAGCCUAGGAGACACAGGUUGCAGUGUACUGAGAUCACGCCACUGCACUCCAGCCUGGGUGACAAAGUGAGACCCUGUCUUAAAAAAAAAGGAAUUUGGAAAACUGCAAAGAGUUUUUUACUUCAGAAUUUUUCUUUAGUAGAGUGUAUAGCCUAUUUUAUUUCUUUUCUCUAAUUAAAACCACUAUACACAUUUCUGAAACAUGCAUAACAUUAGGAGACAAGAAGGUAUUAAGACACACAGGUUCAGACUAUAUAAUUAUUCAUGAAAUGACUUUUUUCCAAUGGAGGUACAGCAUUUGAUGCAUAACUUAAAGCUACUACAAAUUAAAAAUUAAAGUAUAAAAUAUUUUAAGUUAAAAAUAAACUUAGUUGGGUGCAGUGGCUCACACCUGUAAUCCCAGCAUCUUGGGAGGCCCAGGAAGGAGGGUUGCUUGAGGUCAGAAUUUCACGACAGUCUGGGUAACAUAAAGAGACCUGUCCUCUAUGAAAAAAAUUUUUAAAAACUUUAGCUGGGUGUGGUAGUGCGUGCCUGUAGUCCUAGCUACUCAGGAGGCUGAGGUGGGAGGAUUGCUUGAGCCCAGGAGUUUGAGAUUGUAGGGAGCUAUGAUAUUGCCAUUGCACUCCAGCUGACAGAGUGUGACCCUGUCUCUAAAGAAAAACAAUAAAAAAGUAAAAAAAUUUAAAAACGGGUAACAUUGUAAAUUUUAUGUAGUAUAUUUUACCACUCUUUUUUUAAGGCCAGUCUUACCCUGAACUCAGAGCAGUCUGUAUGGUAGGCCAUCACUGAAUCACUCCAGAUAGGAAACUUUCUAUUUUUGUUCAGAGUUUGUACACAAAAUCUACAAAUACGUUACAUUGAAAUACCACGUAUAGCCAUUUUAAUUUAGUCAUGUUGGGAGAAAAACAGAUGGGUUACAAAUACAUCAGAUAUCGAGCAAAUCGUUUGAGUUACAUCUAGCAGCACUAAAACUUAUUCACCUUUGGCCAAAUACAAACACAAAAUUGGAAAAAAAAUGAUAAUAUCUGCUAUUUUUAAAAGACAGUUAUAGUCAAGAGCUUGUGUUUUGUAUCGGUAUUUGAUUUUUAGUGGGCAGAUGGGAGAAGGAAAGGUUAUUUAUUCUACAGAAGAGACUGGGGACAAUUCAUAUAAAAAGUUUAUUUUCAGAAAAUAAAAUAAUAAAAGCCCAGGGUAUUUUAAAUGCUUCUUAUAUAAGAUGUGAUAUUUAGUAAAGUUUAUCUGUUAUCAUGUAUGUGGUAGUAAAGUUGAAAAAAAUUGCAAUUUUCCAAAAACUAAAGCAAAAAUCAGUGUCUCAGAAAAUUUAAGAAUGUAAUGACAUGCCCUGUAGUCCAUUUCUUCACUCUUAACAGAAAACCAAAAAUUUAGAUUUAACCAUCUUACUCAAUAGCUUAAAAUUCCUCAAAGUUUUCCCACCAUCUAAAGGAAAAAGCUAAUUGUUUCUUAACAUAAUAUACAAGGCCCUCCAUGAGCCAGCCACCAGCUUUUUCCCAACUUGAUUUCCUAUCAGCUCCUUGCGCCCAUCUUACGCUCUAGCUCAACUUUUUCCAAAAUCUGUUCCAGGGAUACCAGUUCAAGACUCAUCACAGAAAAGGGGUCCAUGGUCAAAUACAUUUUUACACAUUUUGCAAAUUACUGCUGAACACAUCUCCUAGAAACCUAGACUAUUAAGGGCUGGGUGCAGUGGCUCACGCUUAAAAUCUCAACACUCUGAGAGGCUGAGGUGGGAGGAUCACUUGAUCCUAGGAGUUCAAGUUUACCCUGGUCAACAUGGCGAGACCCCAUCUCCAAAAAAAGAUUUAAACUAUUAUGUACAUUAUGAAAUGCAGCAUUCCCCAAAAGUAUUUGAUCACAGAAUCAUUUUCGUGUAAUGCCUACUAUUUUGUCUAAGAACAUAUUUCAAAAAAGCUUUUCCUAAGCCGGGUGCGGUGGCUCACGCCUGUAAUCCUAGCACUUU